AUGGAAAUCUCUGUUUACGUUUCGUAUCGUGAGCGAUCAUAUAUCCAUUGCGGUUCCCAUCAGCCGCAAUGCCCGACUCCCAAGCCGGACGCUCUGAGCGCAAUCACCGUACAUCUUCUCGCUCCCCAGACCCAGCCCGCGACCGACGACGAGACCCUCGAGACAAAGACAGAGAACACAGGAGCUCUCGACGACGAGAUGAUGACCGCGAAAGCUCUCGCAGGCACAGUCCACGACGCAGGUCAUCUCGUAGCAGAUCAAGAGAGGGAAGGCCACGCGAAGACCGCGAUCGACGUCACAGGGAGCGCAGAGAACGAUCAACAAGCUCUGCAGACGAGCGCCGCCGAAGACGUGGGCAUCGCAGUCAUCGUCACCGCGACGACCGAGACAAAGAUGGAGAACGAUCAUCUAGAAGACACCGCAGUCCCCGUGCCCGAUCCCGCUCCCCGCGACCAUCCAAAAGUCCCCAGCGUGCCUUACAACGGAGCUCCCCCUCCAGAGAAGCAAAAGCCCAAUUUCCAAAAUUCUGGCCGACUUGCGGCUGAAAGCAACACGGUACAAGGUGUGAGUGGAGAAAAUAUCGUCUUAAAAUACCACGAGCCACCAGAGGCACGGAAACCUCCAGGCAAGGAACCCUGGCGACUGUAUGUUUUCAAGGGCGAAGAAUUGCUUGAAAUGGUUGAACUGAGCGAACGGAGUUGCUGGUUGAUCGGUCGCGAAAGAGCUGUAGUGGACUUCCCACUUGAUCAUCCUAGCUGCUCGAAACAGCAUGCUGCGCUCCAAUUUCGGUAUGUCGAGAAGCGAAAUGAAUAUGGAGAUCGUAUCGGUAAGGUUAAGCCAUACCUCAUUGAUCUGGACAGUGCAAAUGGGUCCUCCGUGAACAAAGACCCCAUACCAGGAGGCCGCUAUGUGGAAGUAAUGGAUAAAGAUGUAAUGAGGUUCGGGACGAGCACAAGAGAGUACGUGCUCAUGUUGCCGCAAUAA